AUGAUGCUUCUGUUCUUGUUCUGUAUUACAUGUAAAUCAUAUGAUAUGAAUUGCAACAUAGUUGAUGACCCACUUCUUAUAGACCAUCACUUUGCUCAGCCAGGAAAUGUUAUCAUUGGGGCAAUUCUCUCCCAAGCUAUCUUCUUUCACAAUAGCCUAUUCUUCACAGAAGAGCCCUCUCAGAUGUUGAUCAAUGAAGUAAUUUCUGCGCCUAAGUCAUAUCAGUACAUCCUUGCUUUGGUGUUUGCUAUCAAAGAGAUCAACAGGAAUCCUGAGCUCUUACUGAACAUCACUUUGGGUCUCCACAUUCUGAACAACUACUUUAUUGAGAGGAUAACCUAUAAGGCAAUCCUGAACUUACUUUCUACACAACAGAAGUUUGUUCCUAACUUUACCUGUGAUUUAACGAAAACAUUUAUUGCUACCAUUGGAGGACGUUUGACAGAGACCUCAUCCAUUAUGGCCAAUGUUCUUGCCAACUAUAAGAUUGCUCAGCUUGCCUAUGGAACAUUUACCCCAGUACAUGGUGAUAAAAAAUUAUUUCCAUUUUUGUACCAGAUGGUCCCAAAUGAAACCUAUCAGUACAUUGGAAUUAUUCAAUUACUUCAACAUUUUGGAUGGAAUUGGAUUGGGAUCUUGGCUGUGGAUGAUGACUAUGGUGACAUGUUUUUGCAGAAAAUUGGACCAUUGCUUUCCCAAAACAACAUUUGUUAUGCUUUCAUACUUAGAACACCAAAGAAAGCAUAUCUGGAUGAAUAUAUACACUUUAUUUCAAUGAAGUUAAGAUAUGCCCACCUCUUUACAGAUGAUAAAAUCAAAGUGUGUUUGGUCUAUGGAGUCCCUCCAUCCAUACAAAAUCUGAGAAUGAUCAUCUUUCUAGCAUCUUGGAAUUCACAGCCUACUUUGGGCAAAGUGUGGAUUGUUACAUCUCAUUGGAAUUAUGAAUCACUGUCAAUUCAGAGACUUUGGGAUAUGCAGAGUUUCCAUGGUGCUCUUUCAUUUGCAGUUCGCUCAAAAGAACCACCUGGAUUCCAAGAAUUUCUUCAGACUUUUCACCAUGUUUUGAAAAGCAUCACAUUCAACAACAGUAUGGGAGACACUAUCAGUUUUGAUGAAAACAGAGAACUGAUUACGGGCUUUGAUAUUGUAAACUGGAUUAUUUUGCCCAAUAAUUCCUUUUCUCGAGUCAAGAUUGGAACACUGGAACCUCGGGCUCCACCAGGCAGAGAAUUAACUCUUAAUGACAAUCAAAUUGUAUGGCACAGAAGCUUUAACCAGGUUCUGCCUGUCUCUCUUUGUAAUGAUCACUGUGAUCCAGGCUCCAGUAGAAAGAAGAAGGAAGGAGUGAAAUUUUGCUGCUAUGAUUGUGCACCAUGUCCAGAAGGGCAGAUCUCUGACAAAAUAGGUAGGAUAAAAAGAGAUAUGGAUGCCUGCAGGAAGUGUCUGGAAAAUGAGUGUCCCAACAAUAUCCAAAAUCAAUGUAUUCCCAAAGGUGAACACUAUCUCUCUUAUAAUGAAACUUUGGGAAUCCUCUUUAGUACAUUGUCUAUUGUUUUCUCUUUGAUUACAGUCUUCGUGCUUGGAAUAUUUUGGAGGCACCAAGAGACUCCAAUUGUCAAAGCCAAUAACUGGGGCCUCACUUGUAUCCUCCUCAUCUCCCUUCUUCUUUGCUUCCUCUGCUCCUUCCUCUUCAUGGGAAGGCCUGAAAAGGUUACAUGUCUUCUUCGACAAACAACUUUUGGCAUUAUCUUCUCAGUGGCUCUUUCAUCUGUAUUGGCAAAAACCAUGACUGUGAUUUUGGCAUUUAUGGCAACUAAACCAGACUCUGGAUUGAAGAAAUGGGUAGGGAAAGGAUUGACCAAUUCUAUUGUCCUUUCAGGUUCCUUCAUUCAGGUGGGAAUUUGCACAAUUUGGCUGAGUAUCUUUCCCCCUUUCCCAGAUACAGACCUGCACUCACUGAAGGGAGAAAUCAUAAUGGAAUGCAAUGAGGGCUCAGUGAUCAUGUUUUACUGUGUCCUUGGUUACAUGGGCUUCCUGGCUAGUGUGAGCUUUAAUAUUGCUUUCCAAGCCAGGAAGCUGCCCAGCAGGUUCAAUGAGGCCAAGUUCAUCACUUUCAGCAUGUUAGUCUUUUGCAGCGUCUGGCUGUCAUUUGUUCCAACCUACCUGAGCACCAAAGGAAAAUACAUGGUAGCUGUGGAGAUCUUUUCUAUUUUAUCCUCCGGUGCUGGUUUACUGGGAUGUAUAUUGUCCCCCAAGUGCUAUAUCAUUUUACUGAAGCCUGAGAUGAACAAGAAGGAACAUUUAAUGAGGAAAGAAAAGUAA